AUGAAUUCUCGGAAAGGGUUGUUCAUCGUUCUCGAGGGCACCGAUCGUGUGGGAAAAUCUACUCAGGCCAACCUAUUAGCUGAUGCUCUAAGUUCAAUCUAUGGAAACGAUACCUACCUUAUACGUUUUCCUGAUCGCACUACCACUAUUGGAGAAAGUUUGAGUAAAUAUCUCUCCGGAAAAGUUGAACUUAAUCCACACGCUGUGCAUCUUCUCUUCACUGCCAAUAGAUGGGAAAGAGCAGCUGAUAUCGAGCAAGCCCUAUCAGCAGGUCGUUGUGUAGUAGCAGACCGCUACAGCUACUCUGGAAUCGUCUACACCGCUUCUAAAGUACAUGCUCACACCCCAUCAUGGGAUUGGUGCCUCCGAAGUGAGGAAGAGCUUCCACAACCCGAUCUUGUUCUUUGUCUUCUUCCAGACCACAUUGAUGACCUAUCGAGUCGUGGCGGCUUUGGCGAGGAGCGCUUUGAUAACGCUUCCUUCCAGACUCGAGUUUUAGACAAUUUUAGACGUCUAGCUGAUGAACUAGAAUCUAGAAGAGCUAGAGGGAAUAAGGCGACCCCUCUUUGGCGGUGGAUUAAUGUUAGAGAUGCGAGUAUCUCUGAAGUGCGCCAGAUGGUAUUGAAGGAGGUGGAGGAAAAUACCACAUUGAAGACAAGCAGCCAAUGUUGA